UACCGGGCUGUGCCGCGUGGCCGACUUCAUGAGGCUGGGGGCCCUGCAGUCGGGCGUGGACGCGAUGCAGGUCUCGGCCCGGGAGUUCGAGCGCUGGAAGGAGUGGGUGCACCAGUACGCCUACCACCUGGCCUCCCGCAACGCCAGCCUGCUGGUCCUCCGCGCCAGCUUCGACCUGGGCGACCACAAGGCCAAGUGGGCCGAGUUCCUCUCGCGCUUCCUGGACAGCGUCCGCUGCGGGGAGCUGCGAGACCUGGAGCUCAACUGGACCCUGACCCACCUGGAGCCCCCGGACUUCUACCCGCCCGGCACCUGCAGCAUGACUCAGGUCAGCCUGGCCAAAAUGGACCAGAUCAACCACUUCCAGAGCCUGCUGGAGAAGCUGCUCCGGUGCGCGCCCAAGCUGGCCAAGAUGAAGCUGCCCUUCGACUGGUCGGCCCACUCGGUCGCUGUCCUGACUCGCUUCCAGCACCUGCACACGCUGGAGCUCAAGUACUUCUGGAGCUUGAAAGGGGUUUGCCCUGAGAUCCUGCAGGAGCUGACCAAAGCCCUGCCCAAGCUGCGGACCCUCAUCUUUCACGUGCUGGUUCCAGUCAAGGACUUGGGCGUCUCCUAUUCGCUGGAGUCCAGGUCCCUGGAGUAUUUGGACGUGUCGCAGAGCCGCGGCCUUGUGUUCUGCCGCCUGGACCUGCCUUCCCUGAGAGCCCUGCGGGUCAAGAAGACGGUGCGGGGCAUCAUCCUGAACCGGCGCACGCGCCUGGCCCUGCAGAGCCGCUGGGCCUGCCUGUACGGCUUGCUGCGGAGCGGCACGCCCAACCUGCGCAUCUUCAAUAACAAGGCGUUGCUGCCACACUGGCGGGACCAUGCCUACGAGGAGCUGAAUGCCCUGCUGCUGCAGUCCUGCUACUGCAUUCAGCACUCGGACACGUGGCUGCUGUGACAGGCGUGGGAGGGACAGCCCAGCUCCUCUGGGAUCUUGGCGCAGGGACGGGGGUCCCUGGCGCUCUGCUCCAGCUGAACCACGCAGUCAGGGAUUCCCUGGCCCGGUUCCAAAGCAGCCCCCAUUGUGACACUCAGCCUGGCCUCUGCCAUGAGCCCAAGGUGCAGCGCUCACUCCUGAUGCAGGGAGUCAAUCGCAGCUCCGCCGCUCCUAGGUGGGGAGCUCCACAGGGCACCGGUGCUGCUAUGAGCUGAGCUUCCCACUAGGGAGAGGGUCUAUGCACUUGCAAGCCCCAGCUGGAGCCCCCAGCCAAUUCGGGGCUGUGGCCACGUCUCUUCAUUCAGGAGUGCUGUGAGCUGGGGCACAGCAUCUUGGCAGAGCCCCUAUGGCCUGAGAGCCCCGACCUCAGGAGGGACCAGGGUGUCCCUCUUGGCACCCCCACAGGGCUUGGUAAGGCUCAUUUUGGGGAGACUGUCUUGGUGCUGGGUCUGCACCAGGCGGGAGUCCUGUACAACUGGAGGGUGUUUGGAGAGAGCAGCGCAGUGUGUUUCUAUGCAGACGUAAAUGGUCUGUUCCCGCAGCCGUCUCCACUGUGAACUCCUAAGUGCAUUUGUGGCUGCAAGCAGCCGCGUGGGCUCACGGCCUGGCUGGAGAGAUGCCGGGGUUAAGGCAGAAUGACGUGGUGCUGAGUGCCGGCCCUGUACGCCGCAGCCUGACGUGUUUGUAGCCCUGGGACAGAGGCCUAGCAGCCAGGGCUCCAGGUCCUGUCCCAGCUGCUCUGAUUCAGGUCAGGUUACUGAGACUUCUUUCUUUUGCAAAAGCAGCCUCCAAGCUGGGUGCUGGACCAGAGCCACCUCAUGGGCUGCAAGAGUUUGGCACCUCUGCCUGGCAGGACCAAGGCAUCCUGGGGUCCCUCUUGACGUGGGAAUGAAGGCCUGACUUGUCCCCUGGCAGUCCAGGAGGCCUGACAGUACAGUGCCCUUGGCCCCUGUAUGUGGGUACUAUAAAAGAGCAGUGGUGCUAGCCAUGGGAGGGACAGAGCCCUGCGCCCUCCCUGUCCAGCAAGAGGUACCCCAGCCUCUGGACUGGCUCGCCUGACCGCGGUGCUGAGUCAGCGAAAAUAAAAAAGUUGCCCUGGUG